UGGGGACCCGAUUUGGACAGUGUAGAACUGCUUUGGCCGGGCGGACUUGCCCUCACACUGAUACUGAAGCUGCAAAUAGUGCUGGCACAAAGUCAAACAGGCAUAUCUAAAGCAAUUAUACGUUUGUAGGGUUUACUGCAUUGCGUCCUGUUGAGAGGGCAUGGUGCGCUCAUAGCCACUGGUCAAAAUGCCUGGCAAGAAAGACCCGAAAAAGGACGCAAAGAAGGGUGGGAAACCUGAACCAGAGAAAAAGAAAGAGGAGGAAAAGAAAGGGAAGGAUGACAAAAAGGGAGGAAAAGAUGACAAGAAAGCCAGCAAGGAUGAUAAGAAAGGGGGGAAAGAUGAUAAGAAAGGUGGGAAGAAGGGAAAGGAGGAGCCACCUAAGGGGAAAGCCGAUGGAAAGAAAGGAAAAGACAAGGGGAAAGGUAAGAAAGUGGAAUCUGAGGAGGACGAGGAUGAGCUCCUAAGUGAUGAGGAAGAGGAAGAAGAGUUUAGUGAAGAAGAGGAAGAUGAGGAAGACUCAGAGGAUGACAGGAGAGGGAAAGGAAGAGGAGGCAAAGGAGCUAAAGGGAAGAAAGGGGGGAGGUCCAGACAUGGGGAAGACUCUGAAGAGGAUGAAGAAGAGGAUGAAGACGAAGAAGAUGAGGAAGAGGCGUACAGCAAAUCUAAAAAAACGUCUAAAGAUGACCGCCAUAAAGGAGGGAAAGGCGAUGUUGACGCAAAGAAGAAAAAAGGCAAAAAGAAAGAAGAGGCUCCUUCCAUUCCUGUUAGGGAGAUCCCAAGGAAAGGUUUGAAGAACAUGUCCAGGAUGUUCAUGAAGUUUUCUGGCUUUAAAAGACGCAGGAACAGUCGGAAGAAGCUGAAAAGUACAUCACGUUUGUUUCUGGGUUUGGGAAAGAGGAAGAAUCGCCUCGCUAAGAAGAAGCGCCGCAAAUCCAUGCUGAAGAACACCUCACGAUUUAUGAUGAGGUUUAAAGCCAGCAAAAAGCGGAAAAAGGAGAAAGAGGACAAAGAGAGGGCAGCAGCAAAUGGUGGGAAGAAGCCAACCUAUAUGAUACUUCGCCUAGGAGGAGGGAAAGAAUCAGUAGAGAAGAAGGGAGGUUUUUUCAAAGGCUUAUUUGGAAAAAAGAAUAGUGAUGGGCCCGCUGACGACUUCAAGAAUAGAAGUGCAUUAUUGGGUAAGGUUGCAGCAGCAACUAACUGGCUGACCAAGCGCUUCCUCUCCACCAAAAUGAGUGGAAAUUCUGGACACCAUGGCUGGGGAGGGCGUAGAGCACACAGCCGACAAACCAGCGCCAGGGGUUUUCAACAAGGUUACUAUAACGAUGGUUAUGAUUAUGGCGAAGAGAUGCAUGGACACAAUAGGCAACAUUCACUCCACCGGAAAAAUUAUGGAGAGUAUGACGAUGGGUACGGUGGUUAUGGAGAUGAGGCAGCUGCAGCAUAUGGAGGCCAGGCUCAGUUUGGUUACUAUGACAAUGGGGUAGGUGGAGCAGACUAUCAAGACCUGGGGUACUACGAGGAUGAAGGCCUCUAUGAAUCAAAUGCAGGAUAUUAUGAUGGUGGUCUCUAUGAUGAUGGUAUGGGGAAUUACGACCCUUAUUCCCCCGACCAAGGCUACUAUAACAACCAGGAAGCUGAUUACUAUGGUUACCAACAACAAGAGGCAAUGUAUGGUGAUGAAGCUCUAGACUACUAUGCACUGAUGGGUGUGGACCAUAUGUAUGGAGGAGAGGCAGACGGAUUCCUUGACCCUCAGGGUUAUUAUGAUGAAAGUGGUCAAGCAGUUUACUAUGGAGAGGGGCAAGUGGGUUACUAUGACAAUGUACAGACAGGUUAUCAGGACAACCCCUACACAGCAAAUAUGGGAAUGCAAGGGGGAUUUCCACAGGAUUAUCAACUAAGCUAUAGUGAUGCUGGUAUGCCCUACCAAGACUACAGCUCCCAGCAGACCAUUGGAUACCCGUUGGGAGGCCAGCAGGUCUUUGGCUUUGGAGGACAAGGGAUAGGUCAAGCUCAAGCACAAGGCCUGUAUGGGGACCAGUAUGCUGGCCAGUUGGAUCAAUAUGGAGACGAUGCUGGUGGAAUUCAGGGAGGAGAUGUGACAUUCAGAGUUCCCAGACCGCAAGUGCGCCUUUUUGGAAAAGAACGUCUGGAUGUUCCUUUGCAUCCUGCACCUACAUUGCCACCUGAUCCAGAAUUUGAAGACAUGUCAGAAAUACAGUAUGAAGACCAGAUGCCUCUUUUACCUAGUCAGCUUGGUGACAUGAUGUCACUACAGCAACAAAUGAUGAUGUCUCCUCAGCAACAAAUGAUGAUGUCUCCUCAACAACAAAUGAUUAUGUCUCCACAAAUAAUGCCAUCACAGAUUAUGCCACCACAGCAGCAAAUGAUGUUUCCACAGCAACAAAUGAUGUCACAGCAAAUGUUAUCGCCACAAGAGCAGAUGAUGGUACAGCAAAGUUUGUCACCUCAAGAACAGAUGAUGUCACAGCAAAUGAUGUUGCCACAGCAACAGAUGUCUCCACAGUUGAUGGCACCUCAGAUGAUGAAUGAUCCAAUGAUGAUGCCACAACAGCAGGGUUAUGGCCCACCUUUAAUCCCUACACCAACUGCCAUGAUUAUUAAGCAAGCAAACAUGUCCCCACUUCCUGCUCGACGCAUGCAACCUUCUCCAACUCCAUCCCGUCGUUCUGUCAUCAUGCCAUCCCCACAAAUGCAACGGCAUCCUUCUGCAAUGGCUUCCCCAGUAGCCUCUCCAAUGCUGUCACAGAGACGCAGCCCCUCCCCGCAACCAUCCAUGAGGAGUGGAUUAAUUAAUGCCCACAGACCUCCCUCUGUUAUGUCUAGGCGUUUGUCACCUCCUUCUUCCCCUAUGGCCUCCCCAUUAGCUCGUCAUAUAAUGCAACCUCAGAGAUCACCGUCUCCCAUGGCUCGAGGACCUUCCCCCCCACAGUCUCCCCGUGGCUCCAUGAUCCGACGUAGUCCUCCACCCUCACCAAGAACAUCAAUGAGGCAACCUUCUCCACCCUCUUCACCUCGUUCUUCUAUGAGGAGGCAAAGUCCCCCACCAUCAACCAGUCCUGCCCGCAGCCCGUUUGAAGGGAGAAAGAUGCGUGAGUCAUCCUUCUCUCCCCCAUCUCCUAGUCAUUUUUCUCCACCCCGGUCUCCCCACCUUAGUAGAAGACCAUCUCCAUCUCCCUCUCCAUCUCAUCGUAGUUUAUCCCCUGCAGGUCCCCGGCCUGCUCCAUCCUCUCCCACUCUUUCUCGUCGCUCAACUCGACUGAUGAGGGACCCCACUCCAUUGGCCAGGCCUAGGAUGGGGGGAAAUGUUCCUUUAGGUACGGUGAGACCCUCCCCUAUGGGUCUCAGAGGGCGUCCAGUACCCCCACCUACCCAGAAUGUGCGUCCUUUCCGUCCCUCCUCUCUGAGAAGCAAUAGGUCUUCUGUUCUUACGGUGGACUCUUCCCUCUUAUCCUCUCCUUUCCACUCCCCUCAUAUGGUCCACCGUGUUCCCCUUGGGAGGAGAGAAUCUGGCAGAUAUCCUCCUCGCCCCAUGGCUCGAGGACGUCCCCUCAUGUCACAACAGUCUCGACGAAGGAUGCCUCCCCCCUCUCCACAACUCUCCCUUAAACACAUGCCACAUCCUGCAUCGCCACGCCUCUCUCCUAGACUUUCUCGUCAGUCUUCGCCCCUCCUAUCCCCUCGUGCGGUCCAUUCACCAUCUUUAGCAUCUGAAACUUAUGUGCCUGACCCGUAUGCUGAGCAUUCGCAACAUUUUGUGGCUCCAGGUUCUCCAAUGUUAUCUGGUGCUUUGCAAAACCAGGCUAUGCGACAAGCCUCUUUUUCCUCACCCUUUGGACCAGGGGCAGCCCAAAUGAAUCAGAUGGCUACUGAAUUUGAAGACCCUUAUAUUCCCUCGUCCCCUAUGCUGUCACGUGCAAUGCAAAAUCAGGCCCUGCGGGAUGCAUCCUAUGUUUCCUCAUUGCAGAGACCAGUAUCACCAUAUGAGCAGCAUACAGCCCCUUCAUCCCCUAUGCUUUCUGGGGCUCUGCAGAAUCAAGCUCUAAGAGAUGCGUCUUUUGUUUCUCCUUUACAAAGACCAAUGUCACCUUAUGAACAGCCUCUGCCCCCUUCUUCUCCAUUGCUCUCUGGAGCUCUGCAAAACCAGGCACUCAGAGACGCUUCCUAUACAUCUCCACUUCAAAGACCUCAGUCCCCAUAUGCCUCAUCUGUACCUUCAUCCCCAAUGCUUUCUGGAGCCAUGAGACAUGGUCAGGCACUGAGAGGCGUAGCUUCUUAUCAGACUCCACAGUUACGUUCACCAUAUGGACCAACUGUUGUUACGCCAUAUGAUUAUAUCUCAGAGCCUGGCCCAGCACCACUGCUCAAUGAUGCUCUGCAAAACCGAUCUAACUUGCAAAAUGUCUCGUCUUUAAGAUCACCUAUGAUGCAACGUCGUAACCCUUAUGCACCAGCUGGGCCUCAGCUCCACAGUGCUCUUCAGCAAAACCCUAACCUCCGCCAAGCAUCUUAUCAGACACCUAUGCAGCUUAGACGAUCCUCAUAUGUACCCCAACCACCCUCUUCACCAAUGUUAGGAAGUGCCUUGCAAAACCCACAGUUGAUGCAAGCAUCAUACAGGCUGCCAGAUGGAACACUGAUGUCCCCAUAUGCAGAUCCCCGUUCCUCCCCAAUGCUUGGUAAUGCAUUGCAAAAUCAACAAGUCCGUGGAGCCUCAUAUACUCUGCCUGAUGGAUCGGUUAUCAGGGACCCUCGUAUGGUCCAGGCACCAAUGUCUCCUAACCUUGCCAGAGCUCUUCAGAACCAGAAUCUCAAGUCUGCAACAUACACUCUUCCAGAUGGCACUAUUGUAGACCCUAGACAGCAACAACCCAUUUCUCCGAACCUGGCUAAGGCCCUCAACAACCAAGCUCUGCGUGCAGCUUCCUACUCUCUCCCCGAUGGGACCAUUGUCGUUGACACCAAUAAACACAACUCCCCAAAUCUUGCAGCAGCACUUCAAAACCCUUACCUCAAAAGCUCAUCUUACACCCUGCCAGAUGGCACUAUCAUCAUUGAUCCACGGAAACCUGUCUCUCCAAAUCUGGCUGGUGCCCUUGAAAAGUCUGCAUUACGAAAUGCCUCCUUCAGACUGCCAGAAGGGGUUCAAGACCCCAACGCACCAAUAUCCCCAAACCUGGCUAAGGCCCUGAACAAUGCAGCUUUAAAAGGAGCAUCAUACACACUCCCUGAUGGAACUAUUAUUGUGGACCCAAGGAAACCAAAGAGCCCCAAUCUGGCAGCCGCCCUGCAGAAUCCUUAUCUACAGGGAGUGUCGUUCACCUUGCCAGAUGGAACCAUCAUCAUUGACCCAAGAAAGCCAGUUAGCCCUAAUCUGUCUAAUGCUCUUAUGAAUGAAAACCUUCGUAAUGCAUCAUACCGGCUCCCUGAUGGUUCCCUCGUUAUACCUGGCCAGAAGCCAAACCUUUCAUCUGCUCUGAGACAAAACUACGCACUUCGUUCUUCAGGUGUUUUUCAACUGUCAGAAAACUCUAUACUGUCUGGAAUUCCCAAACCUACCCCACCCAAUCUUGCCUCUGUACUACAGAACGAGGACAUGCGUGGUGUCCACUACAGACUACCGGAUAAUUCUCUUCUUACACGUCAAUUCCGUAAUCCAAAACUGGCUGAUGCCAUCCAAAACCAGCAACUUCGUUACGCAUCAUACAGGGUGCCAACGGGCCUGGAGGGUGAGGACAAUCGUUAUGCUGUAAUUCCUCCGUACGGUCCACGCUCAGGCCACUGGGCCAAGAAUGCCAGAGGAGGUGGAGAAGGAGGGGAGGAUGUGUGGGCAGCUGAGAGGGUAUUACCACAUGGGACAGUCCAGAAUCUGUCUAAAUGGUCCAUGUACAGAGAAGAAGGGAUGUUAGAAGGAUAUUCACCAACUCAUCUAAUGGAAAAACAACUUCAUGACCCAGAAUGGACUCCUGAUAGAGACAGAGUGCCAGGUCAAAGCUGGUAUGACAAGAUCUUCUCUAUCCUAAGCAUGCCCACAGCAGGCCAGAGGGUUAAACGCUGGGCGGAGGGAAUGGAGGACAUGACACAACUCCCUGAGCUGAAUGAGACGACAGUUCUGAUGAACUUGAAGAAACGCUUCGACCAAGAGCUUAUAUAUACCUACAUAGGCAGCAUCCUGGUGUCUGUGAACCCAUACAAGUUGCACAACAUUUACGGCACAGACAUGGUCCUCCAGUAUGAAGGCCACAGUCUGACUGACAACCCUCCUCAUCUUUUUGCCAUUGCUAAUCUCUCAUAUACCACCAUGAUGGAUGCCAAAAAGGACCAGUGUAUUGUGAUCAGUGGAGAAAGUGGGUCAGGAAAGACUGAAGCCACAAAACUGAUCCUGCGUUACCUGACAGCCAUACAUCACAAACGCAAUGUCACACAGCAGGUAAAUAUCUUGGAGGCCAUGCCCCUGUUAGAGUCUUUUGGGAAUGCCAAAACAGUGCGCAAUGACAACUCUUCACGCUUUGGCAAAUACACGCGAAUCUUCAUGGCCGGGGGUGUAAUCAGUGGUGCCAUAACGUCUCAGUACCUGUUGGAGAAGUCCCGCAUUGUCUUUCAGGCCAAAUCGGAGAGGAACUACCACAUCUUCUAUGAGCUGUUGGCAGGUCUUCCUCCUCAAGAGAAGCACUCAUUGUAUCUGCAGGAACCUGAGACUUACUACUAUUUAAAUCAGGGAGGGAACUGCACCAUAGAGGGGAAAGAUGAUGGGGAGGACUUCAGGCGUUUGCUGAGUGCCAUGGACAUCCUGUGUUUCACCCCAGAGGAGCAAAAUGGUAUCUACAGACUUCUGUCCUCUGUCCUUCAUCUGGGGAACGUCUACUUCCAGCCACACCAGGCUGAGGGUCAGGAGGUGGCGUCUGUGGUGAGUGCACAGGAGAUCAGGGUGGUCGCUGAGCUGCUGCAGGUCUCACCAGAAGGUCUGCAGAAGUCGGUCACCUUUAAACUGACAGAUGCAGUGCGGGAGAAGAUCUACACUCCAUUGACAGUGGAGAGUGCUGUGGAUGCCAGAGAUGCCGUUGCCAAGAUCCUGUAUUCGCUGCUGUUCAGCUGGCUGACGGAGCGCAUCAACGGACGGGUUUACCCUCGCAGCGAAGCCCUCUCCAUCUCCAUACUGGACAUAUACGGAUUUGAGGAGCUACAGGUGAACAGCUUUGAGCAGCUGUGCAUCAACUACGCCAAUGAAACUUUGCAGUUCUUCUUUACCAGGGUCAUCUUCCAGGAGGAGCAGGAGGAGUACAUGCGGGAGCAGAUCGAGUGGCAGCAGCAGCCCUUCGGCCACAACCAGGCAUGUCUCGACCUCAUUGCUGCUAAACCUCACGGGAUACUGCGCAUACUGGAUGACCAGUGCGGCUUCCCUCAGGCAACAGACCACACCUUCCUUCAGAAGUGCCACUAUCACCAUGGAAACAACCCGCUAUAUGCCAGGCCAAAGAUGCCACUGCCAGAGUUCACCCUGAAACACUACGCAGGGAAGGUCACCUAUCAGGUGCACAAAUUCCUGGAUAAGAACUUCGACAUGGUCCGCCAGGAUGUUUUAGACCUCUUCAUCCAGAGCAAGAACAAAAUGGUAUCGAGCCUCUUCCUGAAGCACUCGGAGUCGGUGUCUCAGCAGCGGUCUAACAUGCGGAACAGCAGCGCGGCUCGGCGCUAUCAAGCCAACACAGUCAGCGCGAAGUUCCAGAGCAGCCUGCAGGAGCUGCUGGAGAAGAUGGAAAGGUGUAACCCUUAUUUUGUGCGAUGCAUCAAGCCAAAUCAUCACAAGGAGCCAGGAGUGUUUGACAUGGAGCUCGUCAACACUCAGCUGCAUUACUCUGGCAUCAUGGAGACCAUCCUUAUCAGGAAGGACGGUUAUCCAAUCAAGUUUCUCUUUCACAGCUUCCUGUCAAGGUAUAAAGCCCUGCUCUGCCUGACGGAUCUUCCGCCUGCAGAUGGAGAAAACUGCAUCAUCAUGCUCCACAAACUCGGCCCAGUCAAGCAGGGCUCGUAUCAGGUGGGGGUCAGUAAGAUUUUCCUGAAAGAGGAGCUGUAUCAGGUGUUGGAGGCCAAGCGGGACCGCGUGCUGAACCUCGCCGCCAUGACGCUGCAGAGAUACACGCGGAUGUUUUUCGUCCGAAAGAACUUCGUCAAAUUCAGGCGGAACAUGGUGCUGUUUGAAGCUCACUGCCGAGGCUACGUGGCCAGGAAGAAGUUUGCUCUGAGGAGGAAAAACCUCAUCAGGUUGCGCUCUGUCACGCUGCUCAUCGUCACCAUCCAGCGUUACAUGAGGACAGUGGUGGAGCCUGCAAGGAAGGCGGAGGAGGACCGCAUCAAUCGAGAAGUGGUGAAUGUGACGACACUGCCCAUCCCUGCUGAGCUGGCCGGUCUGCUACAGGCUGCUUCAGGUGGUGCAGAGCUUCAUUCUGACUGCUUGGCGGUCGUCCAGGCUCCGAAAGUUCAGGUUGACCCCCAGCUCACCCUGCCUCUGGAUAUCAACAACUACCUCAUGACACACUACAUCCGAGCCAUAUUUAGGGAGCCGUUAUUUGGGAUGCUGACAGCCCCCUUGGAGAGCUCCCUGCUCCGUCUGGAUGAGGAGCUGAGACAAGGAGCCCUGAACAUUUUCACUCUGAUACUUAGGUUCAUGGGUGACCCGAACCUGAAUGGGGCUCAGGAGAAUCUGUUUGGCAACUACAUCAUCCAGAGAGGACUCGCCAACUCCAGCCUCAGAGAUGAGAUCCUGGCUCAGGUGGCCAACCAGGUGUGGAGGAAUCCUAACAUCCUGAAUUCAGAGCGUGGUUGGCUCCUCCUGUCCUCCUGCCUGUCUGCCUUCCUGCCCUCUCAAAGGCUGGCUAAGUACCUGCUGAAGUUCGUGUCCGAUUAUGGCCCGGACGGCUACGACUGUGUGUGCCAGCACCGCCUGCUUCAGGCCCUGCAGCGGCUCAACGUCGGGCCAGAGUACGGCCGCACGUACCCGCCCUGUCUGCUGGAGUGGACGGCCAAUCGCAAGAGAGCUCACACUGUUCUGCACAUACACUGUUUUGACGGCGUGUCCUUCCUGUGUCCUCUGCACUCGUGGACGACGGGUGAGGAGAUGGCCAAAGACAUCUUACAACACAGGGGCGUGGUGGAGGGCCGCCGAGGCUGGUCGGUGCUGCUGAAGGAGUCGGCUCAGUGGGUGGAGCUAGAGGGCUCAGACUACGUGCUGGACUUGAUGUCAGACCUGGAGCUUCCUGCUGACUUCCCUAAACACAGCAGCUACUUCAUCAUCUCUGCGCAGGAACCAAGCAGAGUUCGGCCCAACGCCAGCAUAAGCCUGUUAGGUGGCGGGUUCGACAUGAACAAUGACGUCAUAACUCCAUCCUUACUGACCUUUGAUGGACUCAGCGAAGACUUGGAGCCUCAGAGAGGGAUGGAUCGUUAUCUUGACAGCCUGUUUGACCCUGUUCUGUCUGACGGGACUGGAGAAGUGGAAUCAGCUGCAGGAUUGUCCAGCAGGAUGAAGGGUGCUGGGGGAGUUGGUGAGGGGUGGCGAGAGCAGGGGCAAUCCACCCGCCCCCCUCCUCCAGCGGGAGCUGUGAGGGUCCUCCCUGUGGGGGGCGUGAUGGCGCCUCCUGUUGCUGCGGUGGCGCCCGUGACACCUGAUGCCCAGCAGGCUGUUUUGUCCCAGCAGCAGCAGGCGAUCGUGAACCAGCAGGCCAUCAUCAUGGCCCAGCAGAUGACUAUGCAAGCGAUGGCCAUUGUCAGCAGCCCGGUGUCAAGCCCUCCCACCUCCCCGAUCACAAGCCCUCCCAUGAGCCCGCUGCUCAAUCACCCUCCGAUGAGCCCGUAUGCCCCGGCCAGCCCUUACGCUGUCAUACCGCCGAGCCCAUAUGCGAACAUCCCACCGAGCCCCUACGCUAACUUCACUCCCACUCCCUAUGCUGCGGCACACAUCCCGCAAAGCCCCUAUCUUCCCUCCACUCAACAGGAACAAACUUCUUUGCAGCCUCAGGCUCAGCCUCCCGCUGGUCCUCAGCCUCAGCCUCAGGUCUCCAACCCUCAGCCGGUAUCUGCAAAAACUGACAAAGGGUCUAAACAUAACACUACUGCACAGUCAGGUAAGGACAGUGGCUCCCAGAAAAAGGCUCCAGGCGUCCCCAUGAACAAAGACAAACCAGCCAAGAAGUUUGCCCCGGUUGUGACGUCUCCUCCGCCCCCUGCUGUAGAAGUGGUGAAGUAUUCAGCUCGGACUACAGAUCAUAUCGUCCCCAGCCAAGAUAUUCAAGAAAUCAUCAAAAGGUACAACUCGCCUCCACCACCUCCUGACCCACUGCCACCUGGCAAAAGCAGACCGGAGGGGAAGUUCAAGAAGAAACAAACGGCUCGUGAUGAAGCUUUGCAGAUCCUCAAACCCCAAAUGGAAAACCCUCCUGCUCCACAGCCCAAGCAUGUUGUUGCGCCGUCAGCCCCUGCAUCUGCAGUGAAAGAGGGCGGAUUUAAAGCCCCCAAGGGCACAAAGGCCAGAGCACAUGAUCGCCCCCUCCCCAUACCUCCCCCAGUUUCUCGAGAGCUUCCAGUAGAGACACAGACCAUCCAGACACAGCUUCACCAGCACACCAACGACGAACACUACACCUACACCAAUGUUCCCUGGAGACUGUACCUCAGGAAGGAGGUUUUCUAUCCCAAAGACAGCUUCAACAACCCCCUGGUGCUAGAUCUCAUUUUCAAACAGAUAGUGAACGACACCCUGUCAGAGGCGUGCGUUCGCAUCACCCGGGAUGAAAGGCAGAAAAUGAAGGCUCUUUUCGCCAAACACGGCGUCGAGCAGAAUAUGGAUCCAGUGGAGGAACAUGUGAAGAAAGCGAUCGUCACAGCGGCCAGAGAGACCUGGGAAAUAUACUUCUCCCGACUCUUCCCCGCCUCGGGUAGCGUAGGAACAGGUGUGCAGGUGUUGUCAGUGUCCCACAGUGGCAUCAAAUUACUGAAGACUGUUAAAAGCAGCGCUGCGGCUCCAGACUACUUCAGAGUCCUACGACCCUACACCUAUGCAGACAUCUUGUUUGUGACCAUCCCCUCUGAGAACAUGCUGGAGUUCAACCUGACCAAUGAGAAGCUGAUCCUGUUUUCAGCCAAGGCUCUUCAAGUCAAACACCUCAUAGACACCUUCAUCAAUGAGAUCAAAAAGGACUCAGACUAUGUGAUCGCAGAGCGUAACUUUGUGACAGACGAUCGCACGAUGCUCACUUUCCACAAAGGUGACAUCAUCAGGCUUCAGGUUAUGGACGGUCUGGAAAAAGGUUACAGCUACGGCUGUGUGGUGAGGAAGAAGGUUGUGUUUUUGGAGGAUCUGAAGAGAGACACUCAAGACUUUGGCUGGAAGUUCGGCGCCGUCUUCGGCCGCUCCGGUGCAUUCCCGACCGAGUGCGUCCAUCCCGUUGGCCCUCCAGACUUCAUGUCGCUGCCCCUGGAUCGUAAGGCGGAGCCUCGAGGCGGAGCGGGACAGUUCGCCGUGUCGUCGGCCGUUGCUGUCGCCGUGGCAUCCACCAUGGCUGCGCAUGAGAUAGAUCAAACUAUUGAGAAAGUUUCCCUUGACGGCUUUCCAGAUGGAGACCUGGAUGAGAGGGCCCUGCAGGACACUAAAUAUGACAUGCUGGAGUUUGCCAAGAAGUAUUUCAGACAGGCACCUGGUGGGACGGGAGAUUCACUGAAGAGCAAAAGCAAGAACAGGGACUCCAGAGAGCCCACUGAAAUGAUCAAGUUUUCCAAGACUCCUCUGACCGAGUCUCUCAUCGAGUUCACUGACCCAGCCAUGAACAGAGUGGCAGCCGAUCUCUUCCUGUCCAUAAUGCGCUUCAUGGGUGACUCUUCGCUGAGGGGGCUGACAGAACAGGAAGUGGUCGGCACUUUCCUCAAGCUCAUAGGAGAGUUCUUCUUGAUGAGGGACGAGGCUUACUGCCAGCUCCUCAAACAGCUCACCUCUAACACCAGCUCCAAACCGGACAGUUGCCAGCGCGGCUGGAGGCUGCUGUACAUCCUGACUGCUUUCCAUCGCUGCUCUGAGGUCCUGAAGCCCUUCCUGCUGAAGUUCCUGCAGCAGGCCUCUCGGAGCGCAGGGGCGCAGUAUCAGGGCAUAGCUAAAGCCUGCGAGCAGAAUUUGAAGAAGACGUUCCAGUUUGGUGGUCGCAUUGUUCCUCCCAACAGCAUGGAGCUGAAGGCUAUGAUGGCGGGCCGGAGUUCAAAGCGUCAGCUGUUUCUAUUUCCUGGAGGCAUCGAACGCCACGUGAAAAUCAAAACGUGCUCUGUUGCCCUGGAGGUGAUCGAGGAGCUGUGUUACGAGAUGGGUUUGCACAGGCCGGAUUCCUUGGAGGAGUACGCUGUGUUUUUGGUGACCAACAGAGGUCAGAACGUGCGCCCUCUGAACAAACAAGAGUACAUCCUGGACGUGGCGACUGAGGCCGAGUUAGUCGACGCCAAUUACAGCUUCUGGUUCAGACGAGUCGUGUGGACUCAGCCGCUCAAGUUCGAGAACGAGCUCUGUGUCGCCAUGCACUACAACCAGAUCCUUCCGGAUUACCGCAAAGGUCUGCUGAACGUUCUUCCACACGGGAAAGUGAGCGAUCAGCAGUUCCACCAGCUCUCCAAACUGUCAGCUUUGCAGCACAGAGCCAAAGACAUCAUCUUCAUCCCCACCAUACACGAAUUAUCGGAGUACAUUGCCACACCUCUCUUCAAAAAGCAGCCGCCCCAGCAGUGGGUUACCAUGGUGACGCAGCACAUGCAGCAAGUGCAGGCGCUGAACCCGCAUCAGGCCAGAGCUCAGUUUCUGGGGCUGAUCAGCGCGUUUCCCAUGUUCGGCUCCUCGUUCUUCUACAUCCACAGCAGCAGCUCCACCACCUUCUACGCCCCCUGCAUUCUGGCGGUCAACCAGCACGGCCUCCACUUCCUGCACAAAAACACACACGAGCUGAUGGCAGCGGUCCCCCUGGUGGAGGUGCAGUCCAGCCGCACCCAGAGGCCCAGCGCUGGGACCAGCUACCCGUACGUGGACCUCACUCUGGGCGACAUGAACACACAGCGGGUCAUCCAGCUGCAGCUGGAGCAGGGUCUGGAGCUGUGUCGGGUCAUCGCCAUGCAAGUGGAAAACAUGAUGUCUUUGCGGGAGAAGAGGCUCACUCUGCCGCCCAGUGAAAUCACCAUGUUGUAACACACGCUCAGGCUUAUCUGUAUGUACACACACACGCACACACACACACACACACAUAGAUAAAACCUUAAUAAUAACCUACCUCUUCUCACCUUCAGGUAUUUAUUGUAUGUAGCUCACACACUGUUGUGUAAGAGGAGCGAGCUUUAAGCUCUGAGGUCAGUCUAGUCUUUUGGUUACUGUUGUCAUUGUUGUUAACAGAUCUCACAUUCAGCAAGCAUAAUCUGUACAGAACCGUGUAAUGAAGUGUAACGUUUUGUAACCGAUAUGUACCAUGUUUUUUUAUUUUUAUUUUUUAAUACAGUGGUUCAUUGUGACAUUUGAAGUUAGUGUAAACAAUUGUUGUUUUCAGCCCAUGUUGAUGCAUAUUUUGUAAAGAAUAUUUUAGCAAAAUAAAAGAGAUUUGUAAAGAUA